AUGGCAUGGAGAGCUGGACCUGGACAAAAGCAUCUGCUAAAUGACAUUGUAACAGAGCUAAAUCUCUGCUCAGUUACUCCUGAGCAGGGCAGGUUUCACCACAGUGAACAGAGCUGGGGCAGAGAGCUGACUUCCUGUUUGUACACAGGAAGCUACACUGACAGUGCAGCUACUUCCGCCUUUAGCCGCCGCUCAUCACACAGAGAAAUGACGGCAACCUUGCGCCCUUAUCUCAAUGCAGUGCGAGCUACUCUGCAGGCUGCCCUCUGCCUGGAGAAUUUCUCCUCGCAAGUGGUGGAGAGACACAACAAGCCAGAGGUGGAAGUACGGAGCAGUAAAGAGUUGCUUCUCCAGCCUGUGAUCAUCAGCCGCAAUGACAAAGAGAAAGUCCUGAUCGAGGGCUCCAUCAACUCUGUCAGAGUCAGCAUUGCUGUCAAGCAGGCGGAUGAGAUCGAAAAGAUUCUGUGCCAUAAAUUCAUGCGUUUCAUGAUGAUGAGAGCAGAGAACUUCUUCAUCCUGAGGAGGAAACCUGUGGAGGGCUACGACAUCAGCUUUCUCAUCACCAACUUCCACACAGAGCAGAUGUACAAACAUAAACUGGUGGAUUUUGUCAUUCACUUCAUGGAGGAAAUUGACAAAGAGAUCAGUGAAAUGAAACUGUCUGUCAACGCCAGGGCUCGUAUUGUUGCCGAGGAGUUCCUCAAAAAUUUCUGAGAGAAAGAAAGAAAACCCUGGUUACAUUCCCUUUGUGAUCUCAGCUGUCACUGCGGAGGGCUCGCAUCACAAAUUCUGAUCAGCUGAGAGGAGCUGAAGACGUGCAGUCAACACGCACAGGCCAAUGGAGGGUUUUGCCCUUUAAACUUAAAUUUCCUUUUGCUCAGAAGUAUUGAUGUUUGUACAUAAUCUGUGUUCACACCACACAUUAGUUUCUGCCUUCAUAACAUCUACUGAUGUCAGGGCAGGCUCUGUUUAAGGCGACAUUGUUUUCAGUACUUAUGAGCGCAGGGUAAAAUGGAAUUUUUAAACUUAUUUAAAUGUUUUCUUUAAAUAUAUAUUAUAUGCAUAUACAUUAAAUUGAGGUAUUUUUUGUUAUAAAAGAUUGAAACCAUGAGGGCAAUCAAUUGGUGCAUGUUCCUGUCUUAGUACACAGAGUGAACCCUAUUGUAAAUGGAAAUAAUAAUGAGAAUAAAUAUACAUGCUGGCUUGUUAUACUUGUGAAGAUGAAUAAAAAUAUGCUUUGUA